GACAAAAGUUUUUCGCACACCACAUCCAACCCGACGUCAAAAAAGGCGUCGCAGUUUCACGUCUCAAUGCUUGCUGAUGCCACCUUCUUAUUUUUGCUAGCUCAUCUGUAGGGAUUCUGAUCCAACCAUUUCCUUUAGAAACUAUGUCUAGCAGUGAACUAACGCCCAAGGAAUCGCUGAUGCGGUAGACUUUCGGAUGUUUGAUGGCAGCGCUAAGUGGCUUCCGCUUCGACAGUCCUUUCCUUUUCGGUAAGAUCCUUCCAACGCAAUUGAUCGUGUUAUUGUUGGUAAGCGUAACCUGUAACAAUUUAGUAUGUAUUUUUUUCGAUGUGCAAACGUAUAACAUAUAACUAAAUUAGCAGUUUCCUCCCGCUGAAUAUUUUCUGGUAAAUCAACACUUAGACCUGGGUGUUCUUAUUUUGUUGGAACAGUGGUCAAUUUGCUUUUUUAUGUGUUACAUCUUUUAUUAGUUGAGCGCCGACGACGUUUCAAUAUAAACGACAAAAUAAAAGAGUUAGGCACCUUGCUGCCCCGUAAUAUCGAAGGGUCUAGCAGCGACAUCAGUGGAAAGGAUGGGCGGGUGAACAAGGGAACUAUACUGAAGGGGACGGUUGAUUACGUCAAGGAGCUGAAGCAAGAGGUCUGCGCCUUGAAGCGGAAUGGCGAUCUGCUAGUGGCGAUAAAAAAUGAAAACGUGAUUCUGCAGCACAAAUUAGCGGUAAUUUUUAGUCAUAAAUGGUAUAACUUGGCUGAAUCCCAUUGAUUUCAUGUAACACCUAUAUCUCAGAAGACAUUUAUUAUGAUUGUAUUACGUUAUAUUACUAUAUUUUACGAUAAUGAUAGAUUUUUUUCAGCCACUCAGACAGUAAGUAUUCGUUCUUUUCUCUUUCUAAUCUAAACUAUGAUUUUUAAUCGGUUAUUUUUGUUUACGUUUUAAACCUAACAGAAUCGGUCGUUGGGAGGAAUUCUCUUUGAUUGGUCUAACGGUGUCUACAACUAAUAGCCAAACAUCGAUCUACAACUGCCACCUAACAAGCAGGGCAUCGUUCGGGUAAAGUUCUACCUGUACGUGGAAACUUGCGAGAACAACCUCCAGUUGGAGAAUCACGCCAAAAGAUUACAGAACUUAAGGAAGGAGCUGAACUACAUCAAAGAAACUGACUGGCAAUACGAGUCAAUCGAUAAGUUUUUCGGGCAGAAUUGAAGUUAUUUUUGAAGCUUAGGCGAAAAACCUUCGAGCAGCUUUGAAAGCGAAACAGUAUUUCGUAUAAGUGAUUCGGAUACACGCAGUAGCAAUGUUCCGAUUAGUUGGGAAAUUGGCUGGAGUAUUAUUUGGUGGCCAGAAGGAGACGGACGAGGAGAAAAUCAAGCGAUUGGAAGCAGAAUUGGAAGACGAUGAUGAGGAUGACGAGGACGAGAAAAAGCGUCUGGAGCAAGAGCAGCAGAAGGAACAAAUCCAACCAACGAAUUGCUCUCUGCAAACAGGAUUCGUAACUAAAAUUGAAGCCAACUACAUCAUCAUUGAUACGACACUGUAUGUAGACAAGAACAUCCUACAGACAUGUCCCUUCCAGCAUCAGCUCGAAGUGGGUGUCAAGGUAUCAUAUCUAGCAUUCAAAUCAAACGACGAGGAACCGACAAAGGUGAUCAAAUUGGAAGCCAUCGUCAGCGAAGUCUGGGGAGACCGUAGCGAUUUAUUGCAAUCGCAGGAAGUUGAGAACAAAAAACUGGUCGAUGAGAUUGAUCCUACUUAUUUCAAGUAUAACCAACGCAGCGAACAAGGAACAGUUAUAGCAAAACGACGCGGCUUACUAACAGUGGAAACCGACCAGGGUGAGCACUCAAUCGAGAUGGACAAUCUCAAUCUUACGUUUAUCCCGGAGGUUGGCGACUACGUUGUACUGAAUUGUUUGGUGCAAAUUGAUGAAACGUAUUUUGAUACCCGUGGCAAUAUUCUUGAGGUGCGAGAAAUCGCCCCGACGAGGCUUGUGCGUGGAACUGGUUUUGUUACCAGAGCGGACAACGAAGGCGGUGAGAUCCGAACUGAUGAUCAAGUAUGCAACUACCUCAAGGACAUAUGUGAAUCAGGUCAGCUUCCCAAUAAGGGCGAUAAAGUGGUGUAUGAGGCAGUUGAGAAUGCACAACUUAGUUAUCGUUGCACCAAGGUUGUGAUCGAACAGGCUGCAGUGCGUCCGGUAGAAGCCAGCAAGGAGGAAUCCAAGUCAAAAUAUGACGACGAAUUUUUCAUGAACAAAAGAGGUAUUAAAAUAACCGACGAUAUAAUUGUUAAACUGAAGGAGCUGAACGAUCGUCAGCAGGUUGAAGUAGUGAUUCGAAAUGAGAGCGAGCGUUUCCACAAAAUUUUGCGAUCCAUGUUCAUGUCCAACAAACAGACGUCUCAAAUGCGCUUGAUUCAACCGACAGUAACCGAUACUGCAAAUCUUCAACCUGGGGAUUCGGUAACGUACAUUUUCGAAAUUACGGCUAACAAUUAUGGAACCAGUAAGGAAGUUUUCAUGUGGUCUUUCGGAGGUGGUUUCAAAAUUGCAAGGUAUUUUACGGUGAUGGUUGGUGAUGCGGAAAGUGUGAGCACCCAGAAAAUAAACGAAGGAACCACUGCGGCCCGUACUGCUGCCGGAGGCCAUAGGCUGGCCGCAUGGAAUAUAUACAAACGCGGCGGUGAAGUGACGCCGGGACAAAAAAUCAGCAAACGAGCCAACUUUAUUGAUAUCAAGAUAGGUGGCUAUCACGUCCCAGAUGACCUCAAACAGGUACUGCUGAAUCCUAGUUCCAACCGGACAGAAAUCGACGAAGAACUGGACCGUACUCAACGAUGCCUGCAGCGUCCGUUAUGUCCGGACACUUAUCGGGCUCUAUUCAAAACUUUCCUAUGGAUGGAAGAUGUUCAGUGUGAAAUUUCAAUUACAAGAUUCAAUAUGGAUCGAGCUCAUUUUACACGGGAGGACAGUUAUCUGGCGUUGCGAAUUGAGAAUGUCGGGGAAGCUAGACCAUCGUUGAUUCCCGGUGAUAAAUUGAUUGCAACUACUCCGUGGAUAAAUCCGAAUGAGGUGGGCAACGGUGCGUUCAUACACAAAGUAAUGAAGCACAAGAUUCUGGUGAAAUUUAGCGAACAUUUUCAUGAAAAAUACAAUGGAGAAGAUUAUAAGGUAAUUUUUCAACCAACUCGAGGUGCGUUUCAGAAACAACAUCAUGCCAUAUUGUGCGUUACGAGUGCUUUGGGCACAGACUAUCUCUUUCCAACAAAAACAGAGAUUCGUGAACCGUGGAUUGAUUUGAAGAUCAACGAGGCCGGUAACCUGGCAACUACGGAAUUCAACAACGAGUUUCAAUGGUUUAAUCCCUUGUUGAACGAUAUUCAAAAGGAUGCUAUAAAACAUAUUCUCCGAGCUGAAGCGAGACCGCUACCGUAUGUCAUAUUUGGACCGCCAGGAACGGGUAAAACGAUGACGAUUAUAGAGCUAGUUCACCAAAUUGUAAAACUGUCAGCUGAUAGUCGAAUAAUGAUUGGAACGCCAUCCAACAGUUCAGCUAAUUUAAUCGCUGAACGAAUAAUCGAGAGUAAAGUUUUACUACCAGGUGAAUUCAUUCGUCUUGUAGGUUUGAAUUACGUAGAACAGGAACUGGUUCCCGAACAUUUGGCUCCUUACUGCGGUACGAUAGAUAUUGCUAUGGAAAGAACUGUGAAAGAUGAAGUAAUUAUAACUGAAUCUGGUUUAAAACACAAACUACAAUUGAAACACCUCGGACGGCAUCGGAUUACCAUCGGUACCUGUGUAACCCUAGGAUCUCUAAUGCAAAUUCGGUUUCCUCGAAAUCAUUUCACUCAUGUCAUAAUAGAUGAGGCAGGCCAGUGCCUGGAGACUGAAACUCUAAUUCCGAUGACAUUUAUCAACAAAUCAUGUGGAACGGUAGUUCUGGCAGGUGAUCCCAUGCAACUAGGACCGGUAGUAAUCAGUCCUUACGCUUCUGAUCGAGGUUUCAGUACAUCGCUUCUGGUUCGCUUGAUGGAGACUCCUUUGUAUAAAUCGGACAAAAAUCGGUUCCCCGACACGGAAGGAUUCAACCCACGACUAGUUACAAAACUUCGCUACAACUAUCGGUCGAUACCGUGCAUUUUAGAUCUUUACAGCGAACUAUUUUAUGAGAAUUCUCUGCUGCCCUGCGUCUCUGCCGAAGGCAGCAUGGAAGCUAAGUUUCUCGAAAACAUUUACGAUAUUCUCCCGGUGAAGUCCAUUAAACACCCACAUUAUGGAAUGGUAUUCUGGGGUGUGAACGGCGUCAACAAGCAAACCCCGGAAAGCCCUUCUUGGUUCAACCCGGCGGAAGCGAAAAGUGUUUUCAACUUCCUUUUAAAACUGUACAAGAAAGGUGUUCGUCCAGAGGACAUUGGCGUCAUCACGCCCUAUCAGCAGCAGGUGAAAACUAUUCGUCGAAUCUUAGAUGAAAGUAAUCUACAGAAACCGAAGAUUGGUAGUGUUGAAGAGUUCCAAGGACAGGAGCGGCUGGUCAUACUUAUCUCAACGGUACGAACAUCGAAAUCGCAGCUGCAAAGCGAUCUGCAGCACGCUCUGGGAUUCGUCGCCAGCCCAAGACGAUUGAACGUGGCCAUAUCCCGUGCGAAAUCUUUGCUGGUGAUUUUUGGCAGUCCACAAUUAUUGUCCGCUGAUAAGCAGUGGCAAAAGCUGUUGCACAAAGCAGUCAAUAACGAUACGUACUGUGGAUGUGAUUUACCGGAUCAUAUUGUUCCAACUGGGAGCAUGAAUGGGCAACAGCUUGAUUUAGAAUAGGGAUAACCAUUGUUUAAUUUUCUCCAGAUGUUUUUAUUAUACUUAAUUCCAUAGGUUUAACAUAUAAUAAUGGAACAAACUAAUGUGUGUCAACUGCAGAGAAACAUGGGGUAUUGAAUAUAGAAUACGCGUUCAUAUUUUGAAACAUUUUUAUUGAUUCGUAUCUCAGGUCUUCUUUAGAAAUAUUGGGAACAAGGGAUAUUUUCAAGUUAUUUUUAAUUUUAGCUCCAAGUCAGAGUAGGUUCCUCAUGUUCACAAUAUCUAUGUGAAAACUAUCUGACUAAUAAGUGAAUGAAAAUUAUGAUUAUGAAAAUAAAGUUCUCUUAUUUGUUUCCUGCUCAAACUUGAAGUAUAUCGUCUCCAUUGCUAUCAGUUUUCCCUGUUUCUCUUCAUAUGACAAAUUUUGUAACGUAGUUUAAGAGUAAUAAAAUUAAUAUUUUAACUAAUUCGGCUUGGAAACUUUAGUGGAUUCAAAAUCACACAAAUAAACACUACAAUUAAAAUGGGAGCACAUAUGUUUGCUUUAUUGAUCUAUGAAAUAAUUUACUCGAGAUCCUGUUGGUCAGGAAAUAAACUGAAUAAGAACAUUGCUAAAA